CGGUACUACUGUAAUAGGAACGGAACAAAGCAGUUUUUGAACGUUGGCGACAAGCGACGAAAGCACCGUCAAGAAUCUCACCGUUUGAGAGAAGCAAUGUCUGGGAUUGCCAAUCGAACGGCGUUGGAAGUGAGAAUAAUUGGUUGCGAUCAUUGUCCGUGUUUUGUAAGCUCUUGAUGUUCGGCUGUUGUUUCUCAUCGUUUUCAUUGCACUUUUUGGGGACUACGUAAUAAUGAUCUUGGUUUGUUCCACUGGAUUUUCGCAUCCAAUAAAUCGAUGUGUUGAUUGUAUUAUUAUAUUAGCUCUAUCGAGAUUGUCUUCGACUGGUACGCCACUUGGCUCCUGGAGAGUCUCCGAAAGCAAUGGCCCUUCGGCAGACGGUCCGAACGCAAUUUAAGGUCCACGCAAAAGAGAAAGAUCCGACGAAAAUCGAAGCUUACAAGUCCGACGCGAUUCGAGCGUUGUCGAAUUAUAUGGUGUAUCAAUCCGCCCAGAAGGACGCCCAGCUACAAAAAGCCAUGGAUCUAGAUAGAGAGAGUGUCAAAAACGACGAAAAGAAGAAAUAGUGAUGGUAAUGAUCAUAUUUUUAUCCUUUCAGCGUUAUGGGAAGAAAGUGCAUGCAUCAGU